AUGACGCACUGUUCUAUGUCGGAAAUAAGUGAACAAGGUUUGUGCACUUCUUCAAUAGAGACUACGCAGAUGAUGUCUUUCACUGAUGAACGUUUUAGCCAAAAUGCCAAUGUGUGCAAAAUCGAAUAUACUCACUUUGGUGAAUUUUAUGUUUGCACAUUGUGUAACGUAAAGUGCACUGGAAGGAAACCCUUUCUACAGCAUAUAUAUGGAUCAGUUCACAAAAGGAACUCCAAUUCAAACACAUUUUUCGGAAAUGAAUGCAACGCGAACUUGAACUCUCUUGAGCAGUACGUCCCACAUUGCAAUGGAUUGGGACAUGAACGGAACGUACUUCCAUCCUCUGAACGUUUGACUUCUGGACAAGGUUGCACCCAGCAAGGAUCUGUUGGAGACAAUGACGCUUCCUACUUUUGUACACCUUGUAGUCUUCAGUGUUCUUCUAAGAAACAACUGGAUUGUCACUUGUUAGGUAGGAAACAUGUAAGACGGUGCAGCAGACAAACAGCGUAUUCGCCUGUUCAGCGGUCGGACAACGUUGUGUUGCAAUCACAAUCGAAUCAGCUUGUUGACCUAGUGCAAGAUUUUUCACAAAUGCAUACUUCGAUGGAGUCAGCAGUUGGAAAUUCGAACAACUCAACUAAUGCAGAAAUGGUUCCCUUUAUUAGAAAGAUCACAGAACUUGAGUCGAGACUCAUAUCAACGACUGGUGUUUCUCUGGUGUUUUCAUCACUGUCAUUUUGCUCACUUCCUCCAUGUCAGCAACAAAUGGACACAGAUGACGCAGUCAGAGCAUCUCUUCAACAAAGCACUUGUGACUCAUAUGAAAGCGAACACUUUUGUAGACACACUGCUUGUGUCUUAGUGCGAUCAUUGCAGUUUUAUGAAAAGAGUCUAUGUGAAAAUCUUGGUGAUCGAGAUUGA